CUUGGGUAGUCUACUGGUCAUCGUCGUCGAGCCUAGGACACAACUUCUCCGGGCGUCUACAGCUUGCUGCAGUUGUUAAGCGCCUAAAUUGGGCGUCCCCGAGCUAAAUGGUAUCUUUUGCUUAGCGAAACGCUUGAAGCUCACUUGAGGUCGAACGACUUCCACAAAGGAUUACUGACUUUCUGUACGAUCUUUUUCAAGAUUCUGUUUUGUGUUAAAUGACUGCUCGUAUAUCUAGCCCACCGACGAAACGUAUUAAACUUGAGUCAUCGCUCUCGCCUUCAUUGGAGCCGCAAGAUGAGCUCAACCCUGAUGUUACUGCUGCCCUUGAAGAAGAGGAUGUCGAGCAAUGCAGCAUAUGCCUUCAGCCUUUAGCUGGCCGAACCUUGAUACCGACCUGCUCACAUGAGUUCUGCUUUGAAUGUCUCCUAGUCUGGACAGAUCAAUCUCGUAGAUGUCCCUUAUGCUCUCAGGGGAUUGGAGACUAUCUCAUCCAUCAUAUACGCUCAAAGUAUGACUUUCAGAAACGCUAUCUGACAGCUUUACGCACAUCGCCAAAGCCGCAACCAUUACCCCCGGUCGCAGGUGCGAGCAGAGGUCGACGGUCGGGUCGCCGUAGAGAUAGAGACUGGGGUACGAACACACGGAGGGAACGCGACCGCGAGUUGGAAGCUAUAGAUGCGCUUGAUAGAGCCAUAGAGAAGCGCAGGUGGGUAUACAGGCACCGAUUAUACGCCAAGCAUGUUGCUUCCAAUCCCUAUACUCGUUACCGCGCUUUCCCCACGCCGGCACAGUUUGCUGCAAAUCCCGAUCUUGUAACCCGCGCCACCAUCUUUGUUAGGAGAGAACUACGGGUGUGGGGUUGUUUGGACGUGGAGUUUCUAACUACUUUCACGAUAUCUCUCAUGAAAUCCUUGGAUAUCCGCUCUGAACCCGCCAUCAAGCUCUUAUCGGAGUUUCUUGACCUAGAUUCAGAGCAUGAAUUGCAAGUACGAGGUCGCAACGACGGUCCAUGGGCGAACGCCGAGCACUUUGCACAUGAGCUCUACUGUUACCUCCGCUCACCGUACCGAGAUCUCUCCGUGUAUGAUACCAUAGUUCAGUACGACGUUCCUGAAGGUAUUCCCCCUCCAUACCACCCUUCGAGAAGCAGCAGAUGGCAAUCCAGAUCACCUUCAUCAUCUCGACGACGACGACCACGCUCACGAUCGCGGUCACGAUCGCGUUCCGUCUCUCGGCCGGGGUCGAACCAGGCUAGGGGUGCUGAUACAUUAUUAAAUCGUGACAACCGGCGUGAGGUGCAAGUUCGUUCACGCUCUGGAAGCAGGAGCAGGCGCGAUCGGCGACCGUGCCCAGUGGAACUCUUGGAUGAGGAGUACCAGCCCAAGGGGGACAAGAACAAGACGGAGAAUGCGGUGCGGCGAGAUAUCAAGGGCAAAGGCCGCGCCGUUGACGAUUCAGGUUAUGCGGAUUUAUCUGUUCACUAUUCAGUCAGCGAGAAGGCGGAGCAAGUUGCAAGAAAGGACAUUAUCUCGACUCGCGCUGUAGCCGUCUCAGUAGACGUGCCGUCCUCUACAUCCGAGAAUGAACCCAUAUCCGCUGGGGACACGGUGCCAUUGGCGCUCCGACAAGCGAGCUCCGAGGACAAGUCAGCACUGGAGAAUGAUAUCCGUGCUCCUCCAUCUUAUCGGCAACGUAGCGUCUGGGACUCCAUGCAAUCUCAUCUCACAAGAGCAGCAGACUCGAGAAAGCCUAGCAAUUCGGCUCUGCAGCGGCAAAUUUCAACACCCAAUGACAGCGAACGUCGGGGAGCACAUCCUGACAAUUCCAUUCACCCCGUUACCACCAAACCUUCUCUACUGGACCGCUUGUCAGAUUCCUUACAAAGCGCUAACUUUCAUGAGGCAGCCAGCUCUCGAGGGCUCUCCCACGACGAUACUUCUGUCGAUCUCGUAAACACCCCUGACCGUAUGGAUUCCAAGAAGAGCCGCUCAACAACAACGACUACCCUAGACAUCGUGGCGUACACGAGGGCACGCCUGUCCAAAGUCUCGCGCGAUUCUGUGUCGCAAUGGUUGCAUUCUGGCGAUCAAAGCGGGAAUAGAAGCAUCCAACGGACGCAGGAUUCUCGUCGUAUCGACACCAUACCUGCGCCUGGCUCCGCGUCUCUGCCCCUAUUGACUUUACCUUCCCCUUCUACACCCACUGCUGUCGCUGAAGCGUCAGCUGAUAGCACGCCAUCAUCUUCAGACCUUCGUUCGAAGCUCAUGAGCAAAUUGGGGACAGAGAAACGUCUACAGCAGCGAUCUGGGCCUAAACUCGUGGACGAUCAAACACCCCCACUUUCACCUCCAGACGCCGAAGGCAACACAAGUAGGCUUUCAAACGGCCAUGGCGACAGUCAGAUGAAGGAAGCCAAGCUGCGUAGCCAGGCACAGCUGCGUGUUAGGUUGGCAUUGGAGAAGAGGAAGGCAGCUGACGAUCUUGGAGAUCAGUGGCAUUUAUCUGAGAAGAGCGAUGAGGCGGUGGCCUUAGAGUCAUCUGAACGGGAACUGCGGUUGAAGGCGAAGUUGAGACGAGCACGAGCUUCAUGAAUACCAUGCUUGCUUUGCUACGCUUCUUCUACUGUACUCAGUUCUGUAUCUGGAACGGUUGCAAUAAAUGAAUUUCGCGCAAAGUUGCAUUACCCGACCUUGGCGACUUCAAGGAGGCAAACUUUUCAAUGAACACUAAUAUGACGUCGUAUUGUAUUAGUAUCUAUGACAUUGUGAAUUGUACAGUAUGUAUGAAUAAUGUAGACAACGAGUACUAUAAUGAUAAAUGAAGGUGCGGGUUCUUUAGAAGCAUUA